AUGUCCCUUCUGAGAGAGCAGAAGGGAGAAUUCUAUACUCAGGAUGAAACCGAUGCGAGUCCGGUAAUAUCACAUUUCGAGCAGAAACAGCCGUUCCCACCUCUACCACCCGACGAAUUAGACGCGCCUCGAGAUGCCGAUACCCAGUCCAAUUGCUUCCCGGGGGAAGAUGACCAGGACCUAGCUUCUUCACAUCCUGACGGAGAUGUAGAGGAUGAUGUGGACUUCCACUCACAUUACUCUCUGGAGGACCAGUCUUUCUCAGAUGCCUCUACAGAUUCGAACGAUGAGCAAUCGCCCGAGGAUGGCAUUGCGAUGCAUCAUCCUUUCCGACAGUCGGCGAGCUCUCUUCAUGGACCUAAUGCGUUUGCGCCGCCAUUCUACAACCGACCUCCCACCCCUCUCCCGCCGUCUCCUUCACUGACUUCCCUCCUACGGCCUCCCUUCUCCACCAAUACUUCGCGACCGACCACUCCCGAUAGCUCUGACGUGGAGACGCCCAAUGACACUGAAGCAGCCGUCGCAAAGUCUGCGAGGAGAGCGACGACUGUGCCCAGGGCGAGCCCAAAGGUUCCGACUUACGAGUAUUAUGGCUUCGUCCUCUACCUCGCAUCUUCACUGGCAUUCUUAAUCUACAUUCUGUGGUCUUACCUCCCUUCGCCCUUCCUACAUCAGCUUGGAAUAUAUUACUAUCCAAAUCGAUGGUGGUCGUUGGCUUUUCCUUCCUGGCUAGUCAUGUCGAUCAUCUAUAUCUACGUUGCCUUAGCAUCGUACAAUACUGGAUAUUUGACUCUACCCAUGAAUAGCGUGGAGAAUAUUGUCGAUGAAGUGGCAAACGUGGCGGUCAUAGACGGGAAGGGGAGACGCCGGCCUGGUGGUGCUGCGAAAAUGCGCCCUGGGGCUACCUCUUUUCAGAUCAUGGGCCCGCAAAAUCGCAAAGUCAACUGGAGGGAAAUCUGGAGCGAAGGGACGGAUGCGGUUCUGGAUAUUCCUGUUGGGGGUGUAUGCGAAGUUCUCUACGGGCCAGAACGGGAUGAGAAGGAUGAUGACUGUGUAGAAAGUCCGGAUUUGUAG